CGGAUUCACUUUUCUUUGCAAUAAACGCCUGAAGCCAAAAUGGACAAUUCAGUGCCUCACAACGAAGCAUUAGACGCCGAGAUUCCGCGCAUAUGUCGAAUGUGCCUAUCGAAAGAUACUGUGGAGCCGCUGACUUCCCGCGGCUUGGGUGGAAAUCUCUUGAAAAAAAUCUUCGAAUAUACCAACGUUCAGAUGCUGCCGUUAGCAGAACAUCCAUCGUAUUUGUGUAAAACCUGUAAAUCGCGUCUGAAUGAUUUUCAAAUGUUCCACUGGCGAUGCAGAACGAACGUUGAGAUGGUCAACCGACUUAUAGAUGCACCGGAUCUAACUAAUUUGAUCAAAACUGAAACCGACGCAGACCAUUCUGACGAUUAUAUGCAUCCAAUCGAAGGUGCUCAAGAGAAUUUGCAACAGAAAGACUGGCUAUACGAUAAUUAUCCACAGGACGAUUUAUUUGAAACCGAGGAACAAUCGUUGGACCGAGCGUCCAACGCGUUAGAAUGCAAACUGGAAGAACCAUCCGAUGAUGAUUCGAUCGAACAGUCAGGAUAUGUUGGUAAUCCAUCUGUAUCGGUAGAAGAACAGCAGCACCCGUUGCCGUUGAACGGACAAUUGGACGACUUGUUUGAAACAGAGGAACCAUCGGAGGAAGCUCUGUUGGAAUGCAAACUGGAAGAACCAUCCGAUGAUGAUUCGAUCGAACAGUCAGGACAUACUGAUAAUGCAUUUGUCUCGAUAGCAGAACAGCAGCACCCGUUGUCGUCGAAUGAGCACCAGAGUUUUCAAAGUGAUACUUCAGACACCGAGUCUUCAGAGUCUGCAAAGAGCGACCCGAAAGCCAUUAGAAAUAUGAAUGGUGUGAAAAAACACCAGUGCCUUCACUGUCCGGCUCAAUUCGACUACCCAUCGAGACUAGUGGCUCAUAUACGCAGUCACACCGGUGAAAAGCCUUUCAAGUGUGGCGUAUGUGGCAAAGCGUUUUUUGCAGCCGGCACCCUUCGGAACCAUGCGCUAAUUCACAACAAGGACCUACAUCUUCUGUGUCCCCACUGUCCCUCCCAAUUCUCGAACAGAUUCCUUCUGGAGAAUCAUAUCCGCACUCACACUGGCGAAAAACCCUACCAGUGUAAAUUGUGUAACAAAGCGUUCCACACGUCAAGCAUUCUGGCAGGCCAUUAUAAAAUUCACAGCAAGGAUCAACAUCAAUGCCCCCAUUGUCCAGCCAGCUUCGCGCGAUCAGACAGCCUUCAGAUUCAUAUCCGCACUCACACCGGUGAAAAGCCUUUUAAGUGCGACGUCUGUUCCAAAGGAUACCGUUCGCCGCAACAUCUGAAACUGCAUUUGAAUGUGCACAAUGAGGUCAAGGAACAUAAGUGCACACACUGUACCGCUGGAUUCGCGCACUUAUUCAAACUGAAGAUUCAUAUGCGCUCUCACACUGGCGAAAAGCCUUUCAAGUGUGAUGUAUGUGGUAAAGCAUUCAGAACUACAUCCAACCGAUGGCACCAUAUGAAAAUACACAACAAAACCUAGAGUUACUAGUGUCCCUGUUACUUCGGCAACAAGCCAUUUAAAUGCGAAGUAUGUAACAAACCGUUUCACAUUCGGCAUACAACUGUCUGAGGAAGCGUACGAUAAUUGAAGACAAACAUCGUAAACGAUUGUCCCACGCCAUUGCCAAUAUACAACAAGGACCGAUAACGUCAAUAU